GCCCCUCCUUACCCCCUCUCUCGAACUACCGGUCUCUCCCAGCGUGGUGUUCCUGUGCGGCAUUGCUGUUGCUUUAUUUCAACCGUUUUCCCUUCAUUCCGUUACAGUACGAUUAUCGAUUUUGUUUUAAUUUUACUUUCGGUAACGAUCUCAUCAUUGUAUGAUCUGCACGAUUCUAUCCAUAUUUUCAUUAUUUUCAAGAGCAAUGGCGGCAGCACGUGAAAGAACUUUCAUUAUGGUGAAGCCCGAUGGCGUUCAACGUGGACUCGUUGGCAAGAUCAUCAAAAAAUUCGAACAAAAAGGCUUCAAACUUGUGGCCCUUAAGUUCACUUGGCCCAGUGAGGACCUUCUCAAAAAACAUUACGCCGAUCUAUCAACCAAACCCUUCUUCCCGGGCUUAGUUAAGUACAUGGGGAGUGGCCCCACAGUGCCUAUGGUUUGGGAAGGUUUGAAUGUUGUGAAGACAGGUCGUGUCAUGUUGGGCGCCACAAAUCCAGCUGACAGUGCUCCAGGAACCAUCCGUGGGGAUUUGUGCAUACAGGUUGGACGUAAUAUUCUCCACGGCUCCGACUCUGUUGAGUCUGCGAACAAAGAAAUUGCUUUGUGGUUCACUGAGAAGGAACUGAUCAGCUGGCAACCAGCUGCUGAGGGAUGGGUGUAUGAGGAUUGAGCAUUCUUAUAAUGUACUGUAAGGAAUAAAACUGUUGAAAUUCUCAA